AUGUUUGUCGAGCGGCUCCUCCACGUCCACCACGGUGGGUUGCCCAUCACGUCCCUGGAUUUCCAGCCCCAUGCAGCGCCGUGGGGCAUGGAGCGUCUCGCGACUGCGGCGGCGAACUGCGUCAAGAUUUGGGUUCUCCAUUCGCACUCGCCUUCUCUCUGUCGUGCCCUUCUCGACGGCAAGUCGGCGGGCGAAGAUGCUGCAUCGUCUCACAAGCGCCACAAACAGGCAGCCCCCGCCGGCGCUGCUGCCACGGAGACCCCUGCAGAAGAAGAGCAGUCUUCGACAGCUGCGGCGUCGCCGGUCGUCAAUGCCUCGCCUGGCGAACCGCCGCCUCUGUCCCGGCCUCCCUUGACGGUGGCGACGUGUGUGUGGACGGCCUCUGAGCACCGGUCGGAAAUCAUGACUGUCCGCUGGGCUCCCACGGGUGAGUUUUUAGCCACAUGCGACGCAGACGGAAAUCUUUUUGUCUACGCGCUGAAUCUGCCGCUGCCCACUUGGCCGGGCACCAAGGAGGUGCGCGCGGACGCUGUGAAGAGUUCGGCGAGUGUCGCCGCAGAGAAGGCUCCUUGCGCGGGUGCGAGGGAAGAAGGGACUCCCCGUCGGGGGCCUGUGAAGAAGGGGAAGCAAGAUGCCCCGUCCUCCUCGGCGGCUUUGCCGUGUCUCUGUGCGUCGCUCUUUCCUUCCUCGGGGCAAGUGCCGUGGCAGAAAGCCGGCCACCAGAGCCCACCCCCCGCGAGCGGCGGCCCGUCGGGCGCAGGGGUCUACACAGAGAAGUGGCGCCAGGUCUCCGCGUGUCUGUGCUCCGCGGUUGGCCACGUCUUCGACAUGUGCUGGUGUCAUGACAGCCGAACGAUCGCCCUCGCCGGCGCCAAGGGAAAGGUCUGCCUGGUCGACGUUCCCCGCCACGAAAUUGUGACGGUGCUCAGUCUGCCAGGAGGCGAAUCCGGCAUGAUAAAAGGGAUUGCUUGGGACCCGCAGGCUUCCCUCCUGGCGGCCUGCACGAGUGCGAAGAAGGUGUUUGUUUGGCGAACGCAGCGCCGAACACAGACGAAACUUGGCCAUGCCGCCUGGAGCUGUUCCCUCGUCUACCAGCACGACGAGUUGCUGCUCGGCGGGCCGUCCGAAACGCCAGGCCCGCGGCGCCUCUCUUGGCAUCCUCAAGGCACGUUCCUUGCGCUGCCGUUUGCCGAGCGCAAUGGCCGCGUCUUUGGAUGCUGCCUGCGGGUCCAGGACGACUCGGAGCUGAAGGCCGAGACGUGCGAGGUGGAAAACGCGCCGGCCAAUUUGUCGGAUGCCUCCCAGGCGGGCGCGGGGCGACGGAAACAACUUGCGGAGUUCAGAGAGGAGAUUUUCUCGCGCUUGCCCCCUCUGCGACUUCGUGGUCACCGACGGCCAAUACGCAUUGUGCGGUUUUCGCCGGAUCUCCUCGUUGAGGGAGGCGCGCCGAAACCUUCGCCGGGCGGCAAGUCCGGCAAGACUUCCGGGUCGUCCUCUGCUCUUGAGGACGGCCCGCAAGAUGGCCUUUGUUGCCUGUAUGCCCAAGCGAGCGUGGACGGCGCCUUGUCGAUUUGGCGGUUCUCCACAGACCGGUCCUCGCCGCCAGACACCCCGACGAAGUCGCCGAGUGGCUCACGCGCCGGCGAAAAAGCUGGCGAGGACGGUGCGGGCAGAAGGCCGGCGGGAACGCAGGCGCGGUGUCUCGCCGUCCUCCUCAACUUCCUCGACGAAAACACCACGCUCCAUGACCUCGCCUGGGGGCGCCACGGGCAGUGGCUGGCCGCGGCCUGCACCGGCGGCGGCGUGACGCUCGUAGCCCUUCCGCAUGCAGCGCUGAACGUCGCCUUCGCAACCAACUGGAUGGCUUACCAGCUCGCCGCGCCGGAGACCGCCGAAGCGGCGCGGGCCUCCGGCGAAUCGCGGGCGCCCGCGGCCGCUUCCUCUCCGUCCGUUGCCGCCUCCUGUUCCAUUUUCAAUCAAAAACUCCGGGACCCGCCCUCGCCAGGAAGCACGGCAGCACUGUCCUCGGCGGCCGCUUUGCCCCAGGCUGUUCCGUCGUGCUCGUGUCCGUGUAAAUGCUGUUGCUGCUCGCUCCACCGCCACUUUGCCUUUGUGCCGGCGCCCCCCGCUGCGGCGCCUCUGCCUGCCGCCCCGAAGAAGAGCGAGCCGGGGAAAAACGAGGCGGAGGAAGGGAAAGUUGGGCGGAUCCAGAUUGAGUCGGUGACUGCCGGCGGGAAGAGGCGCAUAUGCCCCGUUAACUUGUCGGGAGGCAGGCCCGGAAUGACUGUCGUUUCAGUCCGGCGCGAGACGCCUGGACCCGCGGGAGGGGAGGCCAGCUCGGCAGACGUCGGCAGAACGAGUCUCGUGAAGAAGGAAGAGAACCACGCGCAAGCAGAGAGCUCUGGGUUGAACAGUAAACUCACUACCACUUCGCCGCCGGGCACGUCGCCGGCUGUGGCGCAGCCUGCGCCCUCAGCUGCGGCCGCUCUCUCGCGUUUCCCCGCCUCGCCUUCGCCGCUUGCUGCCUCCACCGGAGCCGCCCCGGGAGCGCUGGGCGCCUCGCCUCAGCCUGCCGCGUCUGCGGCGGUCCAACGCGAAGCAGCCGAGAGCGACGAUUCCCCAGAGGACGGCUCCUUUCUGCUGAUGCUCCAGCGCCAGGGCGAAGAAGUCCAGAGAGUCCUGCAGCGACCCUCCUGGAGGCCGGCCGGCGUUUCGGAUUCGGUCGCACCUCAGCGAGACACAGAGGGCCGGAAACUGUCUCUCGCGGACGUGCUCCUGGGAGACGUGGGGGACCAGCCUUCCGCUCCGUCUGCGUCCGACUCGGCUCGCCAGCCGCCCCUCUCUGCACACCCGGUUCGCACUCAGGUGUCCGGCCCGUCUUCUGUGAGUUCUUCCCUCGCGAAAGGUCCUCCCGCGUCGGCUCUCCAGACUGCGUUUCGAGGCUCAGCGCGCGAAUCUGGAGAACGGGCCGCAGAACUGUCGCGCGCCGUCGGCCUUCUGGCCCGGCUGCGCGCGGAUCGGCGAGAACUGGAGCUCGCUGGAGAGGCAGGCGAGGAGCCCUCAAAAGCGCCUAGUCUCUCGCGGCUGCAGCAGGCGCAGCAGCUGCUUGCGGCACAUGCGGGGGCCAGGACAGGAGGCGACACAGCGGGCCCAGGCGCCGCGAGCGGCACGGGCGCCUCGGGUGUCGCUUCGCUCUUGUCGCGAAUGGAGGCUGCGGAGACGCCGCUGCAGAGGCGCGAGUGGCAGGCGGCGUCAGCGAACUUUUGGCGGGCUACCCGCGGCGGAGAGGAGGCAGAAGGCAGAAACGUGCGCGAGGCUGCCCGCGAGCCCGGAGGUAUCCCUUUGAUCAGUCUGGCGCGCCUUCCCGAGCUUGGCGCCGCUGGGGGGGAACCGGCCACGCACAAAAUGGGGAUCGCCCAUCCCUCUGCGCGUCCUGCCGGCGCGUGCGAUCUUGUCGUGAUCAGCAGCGGCAGCGAAACAGACCAGGAAGCGAGCGCGGAAGACCACGCAGACAGAGAAGCGGCCAGGGCGCCGGGGACUCGCAUGCAGAGCGAGUCGAUCUGCGGCUGCGUCCCUCCGAACCUUUUCCUCGAAGAGCCGGCUGUCUCUGGAGGUGUUGAAAAGGCGAACGCCCGUCUUGCGGAAGGCGAGGCAGCUGCACCCUGUGAAGUCGAAAACGGAGACAACGGAGACAGCCGAGUCGCGCGGUCGGGUUUGGUCGCGGCGCCCGAGCCUUGUGACCGGAGGGUGUAUGCGUGGUUUCGAGAACUGCUUCCGUUCCAGCGACCUCCGGACGAAGACGGACGCGAUUCCAGGCUCACCUCAUUUGAAGAACCUGGAGAAGACGACUGGGAAGAAGACCGAGCAGUGCAAGUGGAGCUGGCAACAGUCGCCAUUCAUGGGAGGGCGGUCCCUGAAGGAUUUGGAGACGCGGUUUGUUUCGGUGCUCGCCCUCGGGAGUCGGCGUACAGGCCGCUGGGUUCGGGAGUGUCGGGUGGAACCCCGAGAAAGGGUCGAGCGCGAGAACAUCGCGAGGCGGGUGCUGCAGGUCGAAGCGAAGUGCUCGCCCCUGUCGCAUCAGAAACGUGCCGGCUCGAGACGCGUGCUCUGCGCGUCGCAGAGGGAGCAGCGGAGAGGGGUCGGAGAGGAGAGGGGAAAGCGGCGAGAGAACGUUGGCGCCGGAGUCUCGCGGAGGCCGCGCCGGCGACGCGGGCCCGACUGGACCGCGGGGUUUGCCAGGCCGCAGCAGGGUCGGGAAACGGAGGCGCUGGCGUCCAGGCGAACGGGAGCGCGAACGGCGGGAAAGGAGCGGCGGGCGGUCGAGAGUCUGGGAGGUCCGGAGACAGUCGACGCAAAGGGUUCGUCGGGGGAGGCUCAGGGGGUCACGGCGACGGCGAGGACGACGACGCGGAAUUCCGGGAGAAGGAACUGCGCAAGUCCCAGUUUCUCUCGGCUCUGAACAACGGCGGUUCGAGCAAAGAAAGAGGCGACGGCGAGAAAGACGAAGAGGGAAAGAAGAAAGGACGGCGCGGCCCCGCGUCUCUCGCCACAUCGGGCGCCGCGUCUGCGCCCCCGGCCGAAGACUCUGGGCCGACAAGGGACUCCGCACCCCUCGCCGCGGCUGAGAAGGGCGCCGCGCCGGCAUCACCCGGCGAGGCAUGGGGCAGUUGGAAUCCGUUCAGGCGGCGUCUGCAGCUGCUGAGGCAAUUCGAGGAGGAGGAAGACGAAGACGACGAGGAGGAAGACGAGGCGCCGGCACCGCCAACAACACACCGGCCUGCCUCGUCGGCUGCGGCCUCUCCGGCGCAGGCGGAUGCGCCGUGCGUGAACGGCUGUGCCGCGUCAGGCGGUGGCGACGUUCCCGCUGUGAACGCGAAGAGCGCCGACGGCGGAGACAAGCUCCAGGGGGCCAACGAAGGCAGAAGGUUCGGGCGUCUGCGAGCGCGCGAGAGCGAAGAGCAGGAAGAGAGACGCCGUCCAGGCACGAAGUCGGCGCUGUCCUCGUGUCUCCCGUCGCCGGCGUCUGUCUCGCAACCCAUGCGCAGAGACCGUCCGCGAGCUCGUCCGGCGUCUUCUGCGUGGUCGGUUUCUGGCGAGGAGCGGGACACCCCCGCGUCUGAUGGGAAGCGCCGAGCAGGAACGCGCGUCGGAGUCGUGGCAUUGAACUUUCUGGCGAAGGCUCGGGAGAGCAGUCAGCUGCCUUCGUUCUUCUCGCGCUCUCUCUCGCCUGCGCUCGGGCGCGACAGAGACAUGCGAGGCAGCGCAGACGAACGGAGCGACCGCCACGAAGCCCCGGGAGGAAGCGACGGAGACGGUCCGCUGUUGUGCUGCUCAAUGCUCCGACGCCCGCCGCAGCAUGGCGAAGACUCGGGAAAGAGAGAAGACGAGAAGGAAAACCUCGAAGCGACGAACGAAGAAAUCCUUUGGAUUCGACGGCUGCCGGCGGGGCUUGUCGUCACGCAUCUCUUGCCCUCUCCCACGGAGACUCCAGAGCGUGGCCGAAGUCUCUUGAAGGCGAAGGUUGCGUCGCCGCCUGAGGCCGCAACAGACCCCUUUCUUCUUCCUCCCUCGCGCGUUCUCCUCGUUGUCGCCCAGGCCAAGGCGGCCCUCUCUGCCCACGGCGCCAGUGCCGAUGUGUUGAGCCUCCCUUUUCCCUCGCCUGUCUCUUCCUUCUCUUCCUCCGUCCCGGGGCUGUGCCGUCGCAGGCCUUCAAAACGCGCGGGUCGACUUGACUCAGCCUUUCCUGACGGGUCGGCGAGUCGCUGGCGCGAGGUCCGGAGACGCAGGCUCUGUCGCCCUCGGGCGCCUCGGCCGUCUCCAGCGGCUGGCGUCGGCAGGUCAGUUCUGAUUCUCGUCGACAUGAAGACGGGCGCCAUGCACGCCGCUCGCGGCAGCGAUCUUUCCUUCUCUUUGCACGAGCCAAUCUGCGUCUGUCGGUGGGUGGAGCUGAAGCGCAGGCGUCCGAUUCCAUUGGCGUCUGUCUCUCGGCCUUCGCGUGGUCUUUCCGGGGACGAAUCCCCCGUCGAGAAGAUGACGGCGGACCAGAAUCGGCGGGACGUGCAUGAAGACAAAGCGAUGUGCGUCGAGGCCGAAACGGGGGAGGCUACUCCAAACGGGAGUCUCUCCGUGAAAGACGGAACCUCCAGUCUGUGCAUUUUCCUCCUGACCGCCUACGCCAAGGUGUUUCUUCUGCGGCCGUGCGAGGAGCUGUCCUUCCAUCCCGAAGGCUUCGCUCUCGGUCCGCUUGCUCAUGUCUCGGUUUGUUCGCGAACACGGAGAGGCUCGUCUGCCCUCUUCGGUGGAGAUCUGAACGAGGAGGCCUUGCGGCGCAUCUCGCCGUCGCUGUUCCUCGACGAGGCGACGUGGUUCGACGGACGAGGCAUGGCGCGAGGUGCUCACAACUCGGAAGGGGACCAGCAACUAGAGGCGGGCCGGAACCUGGAAAGACUGUCUCUUCUUCCACAGCUGUCUCGCGUGGCUCCGAGACGCGCCCUCGCUCUCCACGACUCUGCGCCUUUCUCGACAAACGACGCAACGCAGCGGCCGUGGAGCGAAGGCAACUCCCGGUCCUCAGCGUCGCUCACUGUCGGCGGGUCGGUGGUCUUGUCUCUGUGUUACUAUGCCGAUCUCUCUGCUCUGUGUAGGGGCGAAAAGGCCCAGGUGGAGAGCUGUGAGGAGCGUAACGAGGGAGCGAAGCUUCUGUCUGGUCGGUCUCGAGACACCAAGAGGCUCGGAGCCUCGGCGCGCGUGCUGCCCGCGGGAGGGAAGAACGCGGUCGAGACGCCCUCGCUGCGGGACACUGUGCGAGGUGCCGCCCCCGCGAAGAUCCUCUGGAUCGAGAUUCAACAGCGGUCGCCGUCGCUCUUCUCUCUUCUGGAGGACGCGGAGGCGGCGGGCGUGCCUGCGCUGUCAGAGCAAACCUCGCAUGGCGAGACAGGGCGGAACCGCGAGGGCGCCGACAAGCGCAGUCGCACGUUGGGUGACGAAGACCGAGGCGGAAGAGACGCGAGAGAGGCGAUGCGCGAAUUCUUCGACCUGACGUUUGGAGCAGCCGACGAGCACGACUGGAUCCAGCUGGCGAUUGGACUCGACUCGGGAAAGAUUUUCGUCUCGCUCCCUCCCGGUGGGCGUCGGGCCUUGGGGAUGUCUCCUCUGCCUCCUCGCGCGAGCUCGCAGGCGACCGCGGACGCAGAGCGGGACCGUUACCUUGGCGCGCCUUUCGGCGGAGACGCUCUCAACGGUCGGCGGUCAGGCUCUCAGGGACGAGAGAGAGCAGAGGACGCCGCGCACUGCAUGCAACAGGAACCUUCCAGUUGGGGGUUGGCAGGGCGCUCACCCUGUGACGGUGCGCAGCCGCGGUUUGUGCGAAUCGAUGACCUCGCUUUUCAGCAUUCGGACUUCUUCUCGCUUCUCACCUGGCCCGCGCACGGAGUCGUCUCAGAGGCUGGAUGCAGGCCAGUCGCCCAGUUGCGAGACGCAGACGGAGCCUGUGAAAGCCCCCUGUGGUCGGGAGGCGAGAGUGCGACUGGAGGAGGCUGCACUGAAGUGUCCGCGGCUCGCCUGUCGCUCGAAGAUCUUCAGAAGCGGGUUGCGCUCAGCCCGGCAGUCGCGCCCGCAUUUGCCCAGCGAGUUCUCAUCUCCACGCUCUCUCUCCCGAACCCGCCAGCUUCUGCUUCCGCCUCCUCGGGAGGCGCCUCGGAGGUCGACGCGGAGCGGGAGAAACGAAACGCGCGAGGGGCGGGAAGGGAAGACGCUGCAGCUGUGCAGCGCAAGCAGCUGAAGAAAGAAGUCGAUUCACAGCGAACCAAAUUCCUCCACUUUCUCCUUCAGGGACGUUUCCUCGGGCCGCAGUUCGCGGGCCUCCUGGGCACGACCCCACAAGGCCUGGCGGCGAUGCGGCGCGAAGCCGUGCAAGAGCUCCUGAGCAGUGGCCAGACGCAGAGGGAACGACGGGAAGAGAUCGAUGAAGCUGAUUCUCGGGAGGGAGAUGGGGCGCCAAACGAGGGCGCUGAAGAGCGCGAGGAAGAAACCGGCGAGGAAGAAGAAAGACUCGCGUGCUCGGAGAGAUGCGCAGCGGAUCGGACAGAGAGAGACGGCACGGAGACAGGAGAAGGAACGUUGGAGGGCGGCGAGGAAGGCAAUCGCGACAAUGACGAAGAACGCGGACGAAGUGGGAAGGGCCGAGGUGGAGAUAUCUCAGACCCCCCAUCGCCUGGGGAAGAACGGCGAGAGGAAGACUCUCAAUAUGAGAGGGACGGGCAUUCGGAGAGGGCGAGCAGACGACAGAGUCGCACAUCGGCGGCGGUAGAAGGCGAGAAUGCCACCGCGAGAGAACUGCGCGUUCCCUCGCAACGCCUAACGGUGAAACACCUUCACCACCAGGUUUGGAGCGCACUAGCGGUGUCGUCUUCGUCUGAGUUUCUGUACUGGCUGUCGGCGUUGCUGCGUCGUCAAUCCGAGUUGCGUCUUCUUCCCCAGCUCGUGUCUUCUUCGCUCUUUCUGCUGUCAGCACACCUCGCGUUUCUUCGGCGGCUGCUCGUGGCGAUGAAAACGGAGCAGCGUGUACUCGCACAGGACUUGCGCAGCGGCGCGCGCACGCUGCGGCUCCUCAAAAGGCAGACUUCGCCUGCCUUCGCUCCGUCCUCUCCCGGUGUCUUCUCGCGAGACGUUGUUGCUUUUUCGCAUCGGGAGGCCGACGCGGAAGCGUGGAGAUUGAACCCAGAGGAAGGUGCGGAAUCGGAAGAGUUGAAUCCGGGGUCGGAGGUCAUCGAUUGGCGCUUGUUGGCGGCUUUGCGGCUGUCGGCGGAGGACGUCGCCGCCAGCAUUCUUCGUGUGUUGGAGACGCUCCACAGCGAAGAAGCGAAGAAAGGAAUGGAAGAGCGGGAAGGAAAAGCUGCCUUGGACGACCGUGGGAGCGAGAAGGCGGUCUCAGGCAACUCUCUCAGGACGAACCAGGGCCGUGCGACGUCGACGAUCCACGAGGGAACCGAACGAGACGAUGGCGUUGACCUAGAAAAGGGAAAAGGUGAUGAAGAAGAUGAAGACGCGGAUAACGAGAGUCACGGUGCCCACAGCAUGUCGGCACGAUUGGAGGCCUUGGCCCUCGCGAGAGAGCGCGUUCGAAAGACACUUGCGGCGGUUCAGCGCACGCGCGAGGAGGUUCGAAAAACAAGCGUAUCGCUGUCUCUGUAUCAAGAAGAACGCAAGGCGUUGAUGUUUCUGCUCGGCGCGACUGUGGUGGAGCGUUACAGGGCCGAGGGGAAGCGAAAGAAGCGCAUGGGAUUCUUUUCGUAUCUGCCGCUCUCCGAAAGUUCGGACGACACCCGAAGAGACGAGGCACAGGCAAGGCGAGAGGAGGCGGAGGCGUUCAUGGAAGACAUUUUUUGA